AUGUCCUCGAAUUCCAAUAACCAUCAGGCUGCGACCUCUGGCGACCAAGGCGCCUCAAAUGCCCAUCUCGACCCCAACAAUGGAUACGUGCCGAACGAUAGCCAGCUCGCGGGCUUAGUGGAAGCGGCAACCGCGGCCGCUGGCCAGGAUCACAAUGUCUCUCAAUGGGCAGUAGAAGCCACUGCCGCCGCUGCUCACCAUCAACUGGAUGGCUAUGGUGCGGACAUGCAACUGGGAGACGACGGCUUUGGCGAUGCCAGCUUCGUCACAAGCAUGGCAAGUGGAAGACAUCUAAGACAUCUGAAUGAUCACUCCGGGUCUGUAGGGUUGUCUCGUACUGUGUCGAAGAAAAGAAAGAGAAACGACGACAACCUUGAUCCUGCCCUGGCUGGAGCUGGUCUCGGGUCGCAGCAGCAUUCACAGUCUCAACAAAACAACCAUGGAUUUUCUGGUGAAAACAUGGAUAUUCGUUCUGCACCUCCGUCGUCUCUGUCAGAAGCGCGUGCGGUUGGUGUGCAUUCUGCUGCGGCACUGUUCCGUCAGCCCUCGAGCAACAAAAAGUACACUCGGCCUCCGAUGUCCAAGCUAUUUUCAUCACUUGAGUUGUCGCCGGAGAAUUUCCUCCAUCUCCAAGCUGCGGCUAAGGGAUAUAUGCUGGACGACGACCACCCUGAAAGAAGGGAAUGUGUCGGUCAGCGUGGCAAGGGAGAUACAGAGAUGGUAAAGCUACGGUUAUGGAACUGUGUUCGCCAUUUCCUUGAAGCCGAGGGCAAUGGUGAGCGGUUUUUUGGAGAGGACGUGGUCAACGAGGGUAUGGGUCCUCGUACAUAUAUUUGGCCCCGAGAUCAACAAAAGAUCAUUUCUUUGGUCAUUCCUCUCCUCCGACGAAUGGUCACCAAUGAACGACAGCGCCAGUAUGCAAUUGAAACUCGCAAAGGAGGCGGAACGGAUGAGCGGCGUCGCCGUAAAACGGACGAUAGUUUUCCAGAUCUCAAGAGCUCGCACUUCUCUCCUGAUCAACAGAUGCAGAUGCACGACCCGAAUCAGCGAGAGGAACAUAGGCAGUCAAUGCCGCCUCCUCCCCCCUCCACCACCACCUCCUCCUCCCCUCAGGCGCAGGCGCCUAUGGAUCCCAGCCAGGCAAUGGAACUUGGUCUUACAGACAUUAUAUUGGACGGAUACCAGCCGGACUGGAGUGAGCUGUCCAGAUGUUAUGACGAAUACAAUCACGACUUCCAACUGGAUAAUUUGUGGUCCCUUUCCGGUCUUCAGCAGCCCCAUUGGCGCGGCCUGGUCGCGGCCGUUGAUAGUCAUUACCAAGUUGUCCACAAUGGCACCUUCGACUGUCCGCCCGGUUGCGAGGACCACAAUGUCGAUCGCAUCAUCCACGCCGACUCGGUCUCAAGUCUCCCCUGGCGUAUCGGCGGAGGCCGAAACACCCCAGCACGAGACGAUUUCGCAAGUAGCAUCACCCGCGACGUCUCGCGCAUUAUCCGCGAGAACAUCGCUUCCAGACAAGGCGUCCCUCCACCGCAAGUAGACCAACAAUUCCACCAACAACCAUUCACACCCGCCCCUUCGAACAGCGACGCCUCACCCGCAACCAGCACAAAUUCUCAGAUCUUCCUCCGCAUCAAUAUCCUCUCACAUGGCAAACGUAUUUUCCCCGUCUAG